AUGAUAUAUGUCUUUAAAUUCUUUUUUAUAAUUAUGAGCUAAAGCUAUUUUUUGCCAGUUUUCAGAAUUAAGUUAAAAUACUUCAGUUGCUUAACAUAAUUCGCAUGUAUGUUAAAUUGUUUUGGAUUACUUUUUUUUUAUAAUUAUUAUAAAUAUUUAUAUUAUAUAUAUUUUCUAACUUUUUUAUUCAUAUCAGUACACAUUAUACUAAUGUUAAAUAAAUUUGUAGAAUAUUAAAAAUCUUAGAGCAUUCUUUCACUUUCUUCUUUAUUCUUUUAUACUAUUUGCAUAUUUUGUUUUUGUGAAUAAUUUUCUUUUAGUAUUAUUGGAGAUGUAUCUUUAUUAUUCAUAUAAUAAGGUUAUGUUGAUAAUAAGCUUUUUCCAUGGUUAAUAUGUGGCAUUACUAAUGGAAUUUUCUUUUUUAUUUGUGAGAAGUUUAUUGUUUAUUUUCUUUAGAUUCUUCUACUUUCAUUUAAAAAAUUUAUUCUUCUUAAAUUUAUUCUUAUUAAUUUAAUAAAUUAUUGUCUAUUUUUUUAUUUUAUUAUUCUUAUUAUUGCUCAUUUUCUUUAAUUUAAGUUAUUUCUCCUUCUUAAGAUUUUUUUGUCAUGUCUUCUUCCUUUAUUUAAACAUUUAUAUUAUCAUCUUAAUUACCAUUUUCUGUUUAUUUAUUUUUAUUUUAAUUAUCAAUUUAAACAUUAUUUUAUUCGAAAUAAAUAUUAUUUUAUUCCAAUUAAAUAUUAUUUUAUUCGAUUUAAACAUUAUUUUAAUCUAUUUAAACAUUAUUUUAUUCGAUUUAAAAAUUAUUUUAUCUUUCUAUGUUUUAUGCAUUUUAAUUUAGUAAAAGAUUAUUAUUAUCUAAUUAAUUAUUUUAUAAAUCAGUAGUUUAAUUAUUAGAUUACUAUUCUGUUUAGUUCUAUUAAAUUUUAAUAUUCUAUUAUAAAUCAACUUAAACACUACCAAUUUAUUAAAUUUCUAUUUAUUAAUUUGAAUUAUCUAAGCUUUAUAAAUUUAUAUCGUUUUAAAUGA